AUGUCCCCCAAGCCCGCUUGCGUGGUGACCAGCGAGCCGUCCUUCCCGAGAGCUUCAGGCAUAGCCACCGACGCCGCGCCGUGCGCCUCCUGUGUCUUGUCCCCGCCCGGCAGCCCCAAUCCAGCGCCUCCGCGGACGUGCGCCGAAAGUGAGUCCCGGGGCGCUCCCAAGAAGGGCAGGGCCCGGCGCGGGGGGCGCAGCCGGCCCAAGAGCGACGCGGCGCUAAGCAGACAGCGGCGCAGCCGGCGCAUGAAAGCCAACGACCGCGAGCGCAACCGAAUGCACAACCUCAACUCGGCGCUGGACGCGCUGCGCAGCGUUCUGCCCACGUUUCCGGACGACGCCAAGCUCACCAAGAUUGAGACGCUGCGCUUCGCGCACAACUACAUCUGGGCGCUGACCGAGACGCUUCGCAUGGGGGAGCACGGCCUCCGGGGGCUAGGGCUGGGCCUGGAGCUGGGCCUGGCCCCGCCGCCGCUCCCUUCAGCCGAGCUUAGCAGCCCUGGCAGUGCCUCCUCCUCCGCCGGGGAGUGGGGCUCGCUAUACUCUCCAGCCUCGCAGACGGGCAGCCUGAGUCCCACCGCCUCGCUGGAGGAUCAACCGCCCUUGCACUCAUCCGGCUCCCCGGUCUGCCUGGGGCCCGAAGGCCUGUCCUUCCCCGACUUUGUAUAG